GAUGCCACAAAUGAACGGAUCCUUAAUCACAGCUACAGAGUUUAUUAUUGGUGGAAUCCCUGGUCUUGAAAGUUAUGAAAAAGAAUUGUUUGCUUUAUUUUUGAUCAUUUAUAUAUUUACCUUAUUAGGAAACGUAUGUGUUAUCGUUCUGAUCGUGGCUGACCGCAGGUUGCACACUCCUAUGUACUUUUUUAUCGCUAAUUUGUCUCUUGUCGAUUUAGUGACCACGACAACAGUGAGUCCGAAAAUGUUAUCCGCGUUCCUGCUUCACGACAACAUAAUUUCAUAUUCGGCGUGUUUCCUACAGAUGUAUGUCUUUCUGUCGUCGGAGUGCACGGUUUGUUUCAUGCUGGCGGUGAUGGCAUUUGACCGUUAUGUCGCAAUAUGCAACCCCUUGCGUUACAGCAGCAUUAUAACUAAUAAGACAUGCAUUCUGCUAGCCGGCUGUACUUGGUUGUCAGGUUUUAGCUUCCCGGCAGUCUCGGUUUAUCAGACUCUUCAUCUGCAAUUCUGUGGACCAUACACGAUUCCUUAUUGCUUCUGCGACUUUCCCCCCGUGUUGCUGCUGGCAUGUUCGGACACCAGCGCAGUCAUCCAGCUCGGACUUACUCUUGCGCUAGUAGGAAUCAACUUCCCAUUUGUGUUCGUGAUUGCUUCUUAUGCGAAAAUCUUAAUCUCGAUUCUUAAAAUUGCAUCUAGAGAUGGUCGGCGGAAAGCUUUUCUUACGUGCAGCUCACAUCUGCUUUCGGUCUUUACCUUUUACGCGUCCAGCGCUUUUAUGUACGCACUCGUCAGAUCUGAAGCAGUUUCUCUCCAGGCAAGAACGCUCAUCACUCUGUCAUACGCUGUAUUUUUACCCAUGAUUAACCCCUUGAUUUAUAGCUUUAGAAAUAAAGACAUUAAAAAUGCUAUGGGGAAACUGUUGUAUGGAUCUGUAAGUCCUUUCCCCUAACGUUUCUUAGGAUUGCUUGGCUAAUCUGAAAUUUAAAUCUAAAUUCUCUGAACCGCUUCAUGGAUAAAAUAGCGUCCGUGAUUUAUCCUCUGUGAUCUGGCUUUGUUCUUAAGGUUUUUGCAUUAACUUCUUCUCCUUGAGAGUCUAAAACUGAAUAAAUGCUGUAAAGGAGCUUGCGGCAGAAAUUAAUACAUACUCUAAGAAAAUACUGAGAGAUACAGCACAUCACGUUUUUGUUUA